UUUGUUUUAAUUCAGUGUAUAUAAUAAACUAACACCAAUGCGUAUCAAGUAUCAAUUUUAGCACCAGGGGCAAACACGAAAACUUCUGAUUUUCUUGAUCUCUAUCAUUACUCGAAAUCUGAACUGAAGCUCUCUUUUUAUUUGUUCACAACGUACGGGGUGAAUAGAAUGCAGCCAAGAUCAUCGGGGAAUCCCCAUUACGUUUGUGGUAGUGCUCUCUGAUUGGAUAAUUGUAGAAACAGACGAUGACUAGUCUCUAUACAGAGAUAUCUUGAGAGAAAAUCAAACAUGAUUUCAGCCAGCUAAACUCAACUGACAAGUAGAUCUACGUACCGAUUUAAAUAAUACGAUUUAAAAAAUAGAACGCACACAAAAUACAUUUUUUAGAAAUAAAUAGAUACAUUCCCUGAAUAAAAAGUAAAAGCAAAUUUAUAAAUUUCUUUGAAAAAAGACAUUCGAACUCGGCGUUGUUGGACCAGAAUUUCGUCUAGUAUCCGACCGUAUAAUAUAUACCCACAUCAGAUUCAGACGCUAACGAACGAAAGAGACAGCAAUGUUGGUCUACUUCAGUACGGCUUUUUCAAGACAAGAUGGAUACACCAAUCACUGAUGAAGAGCUACUUAAUAUAGCAGGCAAUGUUCCUUCUGCCGAUUAUCACAGCUUAGGUAUCAAACUUGGUCACGGGCUAGGAAGAUUGGAGGAGAUCCUUGACUCAAAGAACAAUGACUACCGCAGAAGCACUGUUGCCAUUUUGAUGAGCUGGAUGGUUGCUGCAUCAGGAGAAAGCUGGAGAACGAGGAGGAGCAGACUCGGAGCGAUCUUCUCUUCAUUGGGGAUCAAAGCAUCAAAUGUAUUGCUUCCAGAACCACCCUACUCGAGUCAACCAGCUGUAACAGUACCUGAAAGGAACAGGGCCAUUCCAAUACCAGCGGUUGGCCUUACAGACUCUAUCCUCAAAGAGAUAGCCGACAACCUUGAAACUGAUGAGCAGAUGGAGUCCUUAGCACGUGCCUUGGGUCGUAACCGAGGUCAAAUCAACCAGUGCCACACCACCAAUCGGAUGACAGGCUCAGUCACGACCAGAGGAACAGUUGACUUGCUGACUGCUUGGAAGGCAACAGUUCAACCUGAAAACCAGAUGAGCAGCAUGCAUAGUGCCAUGACAUCAGCCAGGCUGCUCAAUCUAAGAGACACAGUUCUGCUCAUUGCUAUGAAGAAACAGGAACAAGAACAGAAAGAUUAUCGGAGAAAACUUGAUCAGCAAAAGCAACAUCAGGCUGAAUCUAGCAGCCAAGACAAUCUAUCCUCUAUGAACAAUUCAGAAACAGACGCUGCAUUUUCUAUCCUUCGUUCUGUAGAUCCCAGAACGAAUAGCUCUUUGCGAUGGAAUGAUGAUGCAAGAAGAACAGUAGAGUCACAACAAAGAAGCACUCCACCUUACCAAGCAAGCGACAGUUCAACCAGUGGGUCCUUUCAAGGACAACCAAAGUUCUAUGACAUCUACCUUAAGUUUAGUCAAGAAACGGUUAAUGUUCAUAAGGUGAAGGAUAUCAUACGCAGGAAUGGCUGGACGAUGAUGACUGCUAACGACUGCAGACUCGGUGUCCCGAAAAUGACCAGUAUAGAGGACGCCCUAAAGACCUGUUCCCACGUGGUCCUUAUACUCACGAAGGAAGAUUGCGAGAAGAACGAUCCGUAUCAGACCAUGACGAUGGGGAUGGCAUUUCAGUCAACGGUGGGCGGGAGUUUGAAUGGCCGGGUGAUUUCAAUCCGAUGCUGCGAGGAGAGACAUCUUCCAUCACCGCUUCAGAGUUUGGAAAAUGCAUGCAUCAAUGAUCCCUAUCUAGAGGACAAGCUAAAGAGGACCAUUGAUGUUAGCAUCAGCAAGGGAAAAAAAGGAUCAACAGUGGGUACUAGCUCCACCUUGCCAACAGAAGGAUCCAUUGCACCCCUAGUGACCUCUGACCUCGGAACACAGCCUCUAACAGCGGCACAGGUUGCUUCAGAGGUUGAACGGAUGCUCCCGCAAAUCAAUGAUCUGCCAGCUGGUCCAAGCUCCUCGGUGAACAUACAUGGGAAUGUUUUUAACAUGUAUGUUACAGGUAGACAUGAUCUUGUGCCGCCUCACCCAAUGAUCAUCCCCCUUGCGGUACGGCAUGAGCUGAGUAAACUAUUGAACGGUCCCCGUGUUACUCAUGACGACUGGACGGGACUUGCUAGUGAAUUGCGAUUGGAUGACUACAUCGCUAGUCUGACCCGCAAGCCAGACCCAACAUCAGAUCUGAUUGACCUGGCGGAGAAACAGAAGAAGAUUUGCAGCCUCGAGGAUCUGAGGCACAUUCUGAAGCAGAUGAAGCGCGAUGAUUGUGUGGAUGUUCUUGAUGCCCGAGCAUCGGUAGUCGAGUCAAACAACCGUCUGAUGAUUCAAGAUCGGGACAGAAAUAGCAGUUCUAGUGAUGACUUUUGAACUUAUCACACUUACUCAGAGAUGGAUUUUUUAUUUUGUUUGUCUUAUGCUUAUCAUGAAAAUGUAAUUGUAUAUGUAUGAUGUUUGAAGAGGAAAGCUUUGUAUAACAAUUUGCUAAUUUUAAAUCUUUUAUACAGUGCGUCCCAGACAAAAGAAUUAUUGAUGUUUUAUCAUAACUUAAUCACAAUU